AUGUCCACAGUGGCCCUCAAGGACCCCAGGGGUGGGGCGAUAGAGAGGGUGCAGGUGCCCGCGGACCGCGCGUUCGUCCUCCGCGCCGCCCGCCGCGGCACCCGCGCGCUGCAGCACGCCGCCGAGGAGUUGCGGGAGGACUGGGAGUUCAUGCUUUCUGCGGUCCGCCGCAACUGGCGGGCGCUCUCGUACGCGGGGGGCGGCCUGCAGGCGGACCGCGAGCUGGUCCUGGAGGCUGUGCGGCAAAGCGGCCGCGCCCUGGAGUACGCCUCCGAGGCCCUCAGGCAAGACCGCAGCUUCAUCCUGGAGGUGGUGUGGCUGCGCGGCGACGCCCUCUGCCACCUGCCGGAGGAGUAUGCGGUGGACCCGGAGGUGGCCCUGACGGCCCUCAGCAACGACAGGAACGCCCUGCUGUACGUCUCCAACGAGCUCUGGUCCAGCCCCGAGUUCAUCCUCAGCGCCCUGCGGGCGCAGCCGCCCGCGCUCCAGCACGCCGCGCCACACCUCCGGAAGGAUCCAGACUUCGUCCUCGAGGCCGUGAAGGCCCAUCCAGCGUCCAUCGUGUACGCCCCGCUCGGCCUGAGGGGCAACCGCGACUUCAUGGCGAAGGCGGUGAGCGUCGACGUGCAGGCGCUGCGCUUCGCCACGGAGGACCUGCGUGGCAACGCCGAGUUCGUCCUCGAGCUCGUGCGCCGCGACGGCCGCGCGUUGUCUCACGCAGCUGAGCGGCUGGGCGCAGACCGGGAGCUCGCGCGCGCGGCAGUGAAGCAGUGCGGCGCCGUGCUGCGGACGCUCCCGGAGGUGCUGCGCGCGGACAGGGAAAUUGUGCUCGCGGCGGUGUGCGGGUGUCCGCAGGCGCUGGAGCACGCCAGCCAGGAGCUGCGCGAGGACCGGGAGGUGGUGCUGGCGGCGGCGCAGCAGGAUGUGCACGCCCUGCAGCACGCCUCCCCCGCAGUUCUGGCGGACCGCGGCCUGAUACUCCAGGUGCUGGUCCGCAGCCGGCGGGCGCUGACCUACGCGGCCAGAGCGCUGCAGGAGGACCGCGGCUUCGUCGAGGAGGCGGUGCGGCACAACGGCGGCGCCCUCGUGUACGCUCCAGAGGAGCUGCGCGCGCGGACCCCAGCGUCGUGCUGGCCGCCUGUCGCAGGACACGGGUGCCCUGACGUACGCGGCGGAGGAGCUGCGGAGCUGCCGCGACUUCAUGCUCGCGGCCGUGGCGGCGCGUGGUGCGGCCCUGGAGUUCGCCCAGCGGGAGCUGAGGGCCGACAGGGAGGUGGUGCUCGCGGCGGUGGGCUCGCAGGGCUCCGCGCUCAGGUACGCCUCCGAGGAGCUCCACGGCGACCGCGGAGUGGUGCUCGUCGCCAUCUCGCAGGACGGGUGCGCCCUCAGGUACGCGUCGAGGAGGCUGCAGGGCGAUCGGGAGGUGGCCUUGGCCGCGGUGCGCCGCUCUUGGGCGGGGCGGGCGCGGCUGUCGCUUACGCUGGGAACCGAUCUGCUGGCCGGCGCCCCAUCCCGGUCCCUACCGGAGUUGGUCGUAGUCCUGCCAUGGCCAAGGGCCCCCUGACGUCCUGA